AUCACGAUUAAAACUUAUUAUCAAAAAAACAAUAAUUAACAAAUAUUAUUUCUUGAUUUCUUAUUUUUGAAUAUUUUGAAUAUUUUGAUUAUAAGUUAUCAACUAAGAAAUUAAUUUAGAAUGUUUCUUUAAACUAAUGACAUUUGAAUAUUCAAUUGAUCUUAAUUACUAUGACUGAAGAUUUAUCACGUGAUGAAGUGUCACGCCAACGACAAGAACGGUGGGAACGCCACAUGCAUGGCCUUUGCAUACUUGAUAAUCAUUUGAAUGUUGAAAUGGAAUUAGCUUCACAUCGAUCAGCUGUGCUAAAUCAUUUAGUUGAACAAGCAAACAGGGUGAAAGACUUAUGGCAAGAAUUUCAGCGACAAUCUGACAAUGGGUGUGUCUUAGAAGAUACUGCUGUACAAAUGGCCAUAGAACAACAUGGCUUACAAAGUCAUAAUUUUCAUCAACCUCAAAAUAAAACAACUGAAACGCAAUCUAAUAAUAAAUUGCCUGAUAUCGAUUGUGAAGACAUAUUCAAUCAAGCAGUAUCUGCUGCAAUUAUUUCUAACGGAUUAAUAACCUCACAAAACAAUAGUUAUUUAUAGAUUUUAUUUUAUAAAUUUUAAAACAACACUUAAGUCCCAAAUUGUAUUAUGAUUUAAUUAAUUUUUUAAUAGAAUGCUAGAUUUAGAACACAAUAAUAAUUUCUAUUUUUAUUUCAUAAUAAUAAUAAUACUUAUAAUAAUAUUGAUUCUUUUUUAUUUAUAAAUUUUAUUUUCUACUUAAAUUUUUUGCUUUAUUAUGUAUACUUGAACAUUUUUUUAAAUUUAUAAAUGAAAAUCAUUUAGUGUUCAACAUGGAAAUUUUAUAUUUCAGCAAUUUGUUUACAUUAUUUAUAAACAAAAUGAUCAAACAUUAUUUUACCAACAAAUAUUUACCUACCCAAAAAUAAUAUUAAAUGAAA